AUGUCAGACUCGGCCGUCCUUCCUCGCUGUUCAGCAUCAACAGUACGGCCUGAGCAAGGAACAAAGCGCAUGCGGAAGAACCAGAUUUUGGAUGAACCAUCUGAUACGGUUCAAGCUACAACCCGGAAGCAAAAACGUGAUCACAAGCAAGCUAUUUCUGGUCCGACUCAUUGGUACCGCACAGCUAAGAACAUCUACACUGCAGGCCCAAAGGGUGAGGGACAGAAGGUUUGGGAAGCGUACCAGCAGACACUUGGCCAUAGGAAAGCUUGUAAUGAGCCCUCUGAUAUCAAGCCUCCCGAAACCAUGGCGAAGGUGAAGAUCGAAAGGCGACCGCCUUGUCCUCUUCCACCCCCAACAAGUCCUGAUGGAGUUCUCUUCCCACCGCUGCGGCCGCGGACGUCUCAUACUGAUAACAGUAACAAAGUAAACAUACCCGAUAGGCCAGAUGCGCGUAGAGAUUCUGGCUUCUCGAGCUCAAUCUAUGGACCAUCGAUAACCGCUGAAAGAACAGUUGGAUCAAUAGUUGGUGUGAGCAACGCUCACCCUCCCUUCCCAAGAAUAGACACAGCACCGAAGGUACGAAGAGCUAAAGACGUGCCAUUUGUAAAUUUCCAGCAGCCCGCUGAGAAAGAAGAGUCCAACUCAUGGUGGAAACAUUCGCCCUCCAGAGCACCUCAAUCUUUGAAGUCCAAGAUCUCACGUCCUGUCCCACUAAUAGAACUAAUCCAAGAAACCACAGUCAACGUAACUGUAGAACGCGGUAGAAUUGCGGGACCUACAGCUGAACUUCCCCUUCCCAUAACCCACACUGACGUACCCUUCUCCCAGCCGUCUUACGUCCAUGAGAAGACUAGAGAAACUGGCCGACCCUCACCUCGAGCUUUUCAUCUCCCUGGGUUCCAUCUCAGUCCUGCUAAGAGCAAGCACAACGGUCGAGGGAAAGCAAACGUAGAUGCGAACGACGACGCUCACUCGACACACUGGCACGACAAGGUCGUAGGACCAACGUUGAAGACCGGUAAGUCGUUGAAGCAAACUGCUAUGGAGAUACUAGACAGCGUACACUCAGGGAGAAAGAAGACACUUUCGGGUAUCAGCUUUGCGUGCCAGGGUAGGGUAGACGAUGGACUGGAUAGGUAUCAGGUCAGUGAACAAAACUCGUCAAGCGACGAUGAAGAGGACCUGUAUCCUGAACCGUUGUUCUGUGGUAAGAUAUUAGGCAGAGAUAAGAAGUCAUCUGAACCUUAA